GGUGAGCAUCCCUUUUUUGAGACGCGUGUUCUCAGUUCGAACCGUGCGUCCAUUCAGAUAAAGCAGGUGCAGUAGAUUUGUAAAAGUAAUAUAUUUAAUAAAGAGAAAUAGGGCAACUGAAUAAAAACGUGGACGGAGGUGGUAGUGAAUUAUUCAUACGGAAUUCUUUUGAGGACUCGUGCCAUAGGAGAAUAGUAUACUGCAGCAUCAUGUCUUCCAGGUUAUCACCGUUCACUGUCACUGACGGCCCGUGCAGCUUGCGCUCUCAGUUUUUUCUGUCUGGUCCCGUUACGAGGUGUGUCUCGACAGGUGCUGUCUGUGCCGCAAAAGCGGAAAGCGACGUCAGAGCGAGCAGCUGCAGAGUGCUGUCCGCAGCCGCUGUGGGGCGUGAGAAGCUCACACAUCCGGGAAAGGCGAUUCUGGCAGGUGGGAUCGCUGGUGGCAUAGAGAUCUGCAUUACUUUUCCAACAGAGUAUGUAAAAACACAACUGCAGCUUGAUGAAAAGGCAAAUCCUCCGCGUUUUAAAGGCAUUGGCGACUGUGUGAAGCUAACUGUACAAGACCAUGGCUUCAAAGGCCUGUAUCGGGGACUCAGCUCUCUGCUCUAUGGAUCUAUUCCUAAAUCAGCUGUCAGGUUUGGAAUGUUUGAGUUCCUUAGUAACCAGGCAAAAGAUAGCACAGGGAGACUGGAUAACACACGUAGUCUGCUGUGCGGACUGGGUGCAGGGGUGGCAGAGGCUAUAUUAGUUGUCUGUCCUAUGGAGACCAUCAAGGUGAAGUUUAUUCAUGAUCAGAACUCCACAAUUCCCCGAUACAGAGGUUUCUAUCAUGGAGUGCGAGAAAUCAUUCAGGAUCAAGGGUUAAGGGGGACAUACCAGGGUCUAACUGCAACUGUUCUGAAGCAGGGGUCCAACCAAGCUAUUCGUUUUUUUGUUAUGACUUCCCUCCGCAACUGGUAUAAAGGUGAGGAUCCCCACCGAGAGAUGAACCCUCUUGUAACUGGUGUUUUUGGGGCAACUGCAGGAGCUGCAAGUGUCUUUGGUAACACCCCCCUUGAUGUUAUAAAAACUAGAAUGCAGGGACUGGAGGCUUAUCGAUAUAAAAACACCCUGGACUGUGCAUAUCAGAUUCUGCGCAAUGAAGGGCCACUCGCGUUUUACAAAGGAACAGUCCCCCGUUUGGGCAGAGUGUGCCUAGAUGUGGCAAUUGUGUUUGUUAUCUAUGAGGAGGUGGUGAAGUUUCUCAACAGAUUUUGGAAAACCUACUAAUGGGUGUGUGACCAAAUAAUUAAACAAAGAAGACCUUAAUGAAGAAAAUUACGUCCACCCUGCCUUGCACUGCUUUCAACAAUUCAUGAGCUCAUAAAACCAUUUUAUUUUCCAUGUUACAUCAGUCAUACACGGAAUUAUGCUGUACAUUCAAGAUGUUUUAUA